CUGGUGGCUUGGGCCAGUUCAAAAGCACUAGGAUGUGGCUACAAGAACUGUCUCAGCAAUCCCAGUUUCCUUUAUGGUAAUGCGAUAGUGUGCAAUUACGGCCCAGCAGGAAAUUAUAACGGUCAGCGUCCUUAUGAAAAAGAACAACAUCGUCAAUACCCACCUGAAGGACAAGCAACAACAACAACAGCAACCCCGACAUCGGGAGCAGAAACAACAGAUAACAAUACAACCAACAAGGGCAACUAA